AUGCAAGCUUCUUGUCACCAACAGCACAGAGCUUUCAGCGGAUUCGAGUGGGCGCAGAGCGCCAUCGUCUCUUGGCAUAAUCCUGACCCUUCUCUGCCCCUUUUCGAGUUAACUCUAGCCCCUGGAUUCAUUCUUGGCAAAGGCAAACUCAAAGAACCUAGCCCUUCUUGUGUCCACUGCGAGAGCAGUCAUGAUAAUGUCCUGCGUCCUAUUGUGGACUUGGUACACGAAAUGAGGUAUCGUGAUUACUCUGGAGGUGGACGCCGAAAAUGGCAGCCAGUUGUCUAUCGGUUUUCGCAGCACUCUGAGCCUCAUGGUUUCUCAAAUUUCCACCGAACGGACGACUCCGCAUCGUAUGCCUUCUGCCUACCCCACCGUGGAGAAGCACAAGUGGGUCAGGCCCCUUCUCCUCUUCAAACCGUUUCGGCUUCGGCACCAUCGGCGUCACCGUCGCCGUCGCCCUUGGCCCGUUCAACUCUGAUUCAUCUUCCGGUCCACUUUGCGUCCCAACCUCUACCUCAAGCCUCUUGUGAUGUCACCAAGCAAGUACAGUCCCUGGGCCCGAGUCCCCAGUCCCCGGGAGACAGGCGGCUUUCUUCGGACGUUCUGGCGCAAAAUUCCCCUCAACCGGACUGUGCUCCACAUACACAUCAGCCUGGAUGGCAUUGCUGUAUGGCUUCUUUGCGCACCACUUCUUUCUCACAAUCCCUCGUCCAACAACAACCAGAACAUUUGUCACUACAACAGUCUCAAGACCAGCAAUGCCUACAACCAAUUGUCUCACCAGAGUCGACAGAAAGCCUGCUUUCGGCCGAGGCGACGGAUGAUCCCGCCAUCCAGUUGCCAGUGUCUCCAUUCUCCAGCAUCCUGGCCACAUGGCAAGCCUACUCUGAGAAGGGGGUUGCCACAAAACGUGGCAAUUGCCCUGCAUCGAAUUUCCGAAAGCCCGUUUAUACCCACUCGCAACCAUCGGAGAAAAGCGAUUCUGUCGGUCGACCAAAAGCGGAAGCUACUGCACUAUUUUCGAGUGUAAAGCUACCCUCCAAUGAAGAUGGGCCCGGGCAACGGGAACAUGGAGAGACAUGGGAAGAGAUGGAGGGGCGGACAAGGAAAUAUAGCCACGACGGAACAGAGAAUGUUGAAACAUUGGCCUCUUCUACCUCUCAGCCCACGCCUAGACACUGUUGCCCAUCGCCAGCACGGCUUCACUCUUAUGCCUCGUAUGAUGAUCCGGAGGUCGCUGAUACCUCGCCCGGAUCUGCUUUCCGGAUGAGAAGGUCAAGGAGCCUUGCAACCGAAGAUGUCCGAGAUGGUGACUAUGGUUGUCAAGAUGACGAUCUAAGGCCCAUUGAAGACCAGACAGCCAAUAGGAUCUCAUCAACUCGUCGUCCAGAGGGUCUUCCGCCACAAGCCUCAUGCUGCGACCUUUCGACAAACCGCAUGAAUUCCAUGUCCUACCGUGACAGUCUCAUCUCCUCCUUUGAGGUCCCGGCCACCCAUUCAAAAGCAUCUGCCUCCUCUUCAUCCUCAUGCUCCUCCUCCUCCUGCUCCUCUCUGUACGGGUCUUUGCCUUCAGGUCAGUCUGAACACGAGCAUUCUCGUUUACACCCUCGCCUCCACUUCAUUAGCACAUCCUCGGCUGCCUACAAAGUGGCCAAUCGAGUGCCUGCCUGCAGUGGACGGACCGACGGAGCAUGUGGCCACACCAACAGGGCCGGCAGCAUGAGUGCAAACCGUCGUCCAACCGAGACGCAACGCAGGUCGUCGUACCGCCAUGCGCAUAACCUGCCCGCAAUUGGCUGCUCCACUCGGGGCUCUUGGCAGACGGCCGCAAACACUCGGUCCGCUUCGAUGCCUGGCGCCUACACGAACGGGCCGCUUCUUCGAAAAAGAACCCGCCAAAUGCCUUCCAGUAGAGCUGGUACCACGUCCGGCCGAGCUCUGGCAGGUUCGUCCAAGCAGACUCCGACACAAAAACAGCCAGAUGGUGCGACGACAGGCAGAAAGCGAUGCCCGAGCGGGACGAUGAGUCCCCGGGUCCUUAUGGACACCUGCAUUGAGGAAGAAACGACAGCGCCGGAGGUGGUGUCGCGAGAGGCACUGGGCGAGGCUGUAACUCGUUCCCCUCGAAUGUUACGCUACUCUGACCAAAACCAUACAGCAUCAAUAGCGCCGUCGAGGUUCAUUUGUGGGCAGGCCAGAAAAGGCACUGUCACUCCAAAUCGACUUGACUGGAGCCCGAAGGAAGUCUCCAAAGUAAGCACCAAAUCAGCAUCACCCCAUUGUUAA